AUGCAGUCAAUCGAUGGAUCAUCACUGUGUUCUUAGAUAAAACCUUGUUAUUUGGCAUUCGGUAUGUUCUUAUGGGUCAUAUAUUUGUACUUGCGUGUAUCUACAGCUACCUCCCAACCUAUCGAGCUAAAUCGUGAAGCUUGACGACAUGUUGUUGCCAAAAAGAUGGCAGAGCUGCAUGAUGCUUCUCGUCUUUGUCCUCUCGGAUGGUACAGGGACGACAAAACGGAGCAGAGCAGCUACUGCUGCUGUCUGCGGCAAGGAUCUGCAACCCAGGAGCAGAGUGCUGAUGGGCUUUGCGAGUCUAGCCGACACCAUGAAUGCAUCAGGUCUGGUGUUCUGUGUGGCGAAUCCCAGUGCUGACGCGAACGCACUGAGGAAUGGAUUGGAUUGGGCUUGCGGACCGGGCGCUGCAAACUGCACUGCGAUACAGCCAGGGCAGCCUUGCUAUGAACCCAAUAACCUGACUGCCUUGGCUUCCUAUGCCUACAAUGAAUACUACCAAAGAACAAGAGCAAGCGGAGGAUCCUGCUCCUUCAACAACACGGCCAUGACGACCACCAGUGAUCCUAGCCAUGGCUCAUGCAUCUUCACUGGAAGUGCGGGAGGGACCACGAACACCAACACGACCACAAGCCCGAGUCCGACUACCACUCCGAGCAGUGGUGGAUCGCCCGGCAGUAACAAUUUCGUCCCUCUUGGCUCAAACAUCGAUAGAGCUUCUUCCGCAUCGCGUGCUCUCCAAGUGGUGGCAUGUUUGCUCCCCUUGCUGUGCUCUUUCCGGUGCGGCAUGUAAACCUUGGUAUGAUUCAUGGUGAUUUGACAGAAACAACAUGAACAAAGUGGGGAACGUCUUUUUCAUUCUGAAAACAUUUUUUUGGUUUUUCUGUAUAUCUUUCUUCAAAUAUGAUGUAUGUUACCACCUGCUGUGUGUUCAUGUUUCAUGUUUGUAGAACACUGGAGAGCUGAUCAGGUGAGGUGGAAGAAAAGGAUUGCUAUCUUGCUUGUUAAUGGAAGACAACCGUGAUGCUACCUCUGUCCAACGAGUGUUGGAGCCAUUACUGCUGCAGCCUUGUCCUUCUCAUCAACUUCGAUUCUUAUACUUAGUACAUAUCAAUAGAUUCUUACAUGUUAACUUCA